UGGGAGAAUGAUGAAGAUGUACAAGAGUGUCGAAGAUGUCGUAAGAAGUUUGGUUUAUGGAUUAGGAGACAUCAUUGCAGACGAUGUGGUCAAGUGGUUUGUGAUAGGUGUUCUACGGCAAGAGUUUCUUUACCGUCAGAUCAAGUGCUUACUGAUCCAUCUCAAAGUGGGGAAGCAAGUCAGCCUCAUCACCACCAUCGCGUGUGUGAUACAUGUUACCAAUCGUUGCGAUCUCGACCGAGAUCCAAUAGCUUUACUUCGGCAACAAUUGUUUCUAGUUCAUCUACCAUGAAUCAUAGAAGACGUAUGAGCAAUAACUCUACCAUGACCGAAUGUCCUGUCUGUAAUGUACCAUUAUCGGGAGGAAAAUCUGCUCAAGAACACAUCAGCAAUUGUGUCGAUAACAACAGCGGCAACGGAAUUAGCGGUUAUAAAUAUGUGGUCUACAAACUCCCUCAAAAUAACCCCCUCGUUGGUCAAGAAUGUCCCAUUUGUCUCGAAGAAUUCCUUUCCGGCGAAGACGUCGCAAGACUGAACUGUUUUUGUUCAUACCACAAUCAUUGUUUACAAGAUUGGUUCAAUAAAGGGAAAGGGAGAGAAUGUCCUACUCAUUUUCUGUAA